CAGAUCAGUCAUUGAUCGGCAAUGCUCAGCGUCGGACACUCCACGUGGCGAGACGCGUGUGCCCAUAGAAUCCAAAAAUAUAGGAAUUCUCAUACGAACUUGGGGCUAUAAAAAGCUCACGUUCUUCUUCAGGGCAUAUUAAUAAAACGUUACCAAUCGUCGAGUAGAUAAAAAGUGCAUUCAACCACGUCGGUCGGAAGUAGUCCGAGUGAACGUUUUAUUCAAGUUAAAUUAAAAUAACGAAAUUCAAGUAACUUAUCGCCAUGUUUGACGAAAAACAGAGUAUAAAUGGCACUGCCUCAGCUGUCGUUGAGAACGAGUGCCCGACGACGUCCAAUGGCCAUCUCGUUUUACAGGAGACUGAGGCUGGGAGAGUGGAGGCAUCCGCCGAGGAAGAUAACUCACUGGAUGCCAUUCUGGUGCGAAUUGGGCAAUUCGGGCGCUUUCAGUUGGUCAAUUAUGCUUUACUGUGUGUGCCCAUGGUGUUCAACGCGUUUUUCUCUAUCUCUUAUGUCUUCACCGCCAGCACAGUGGUGCAGAGAUGUAAUAUCACACAAUGCGAUAGUCCAGACAGCUUGUAUGAGGCGCCGUGGCUGAACUUUACGGUGCCGUAUAAGAACUCCGCGUGGGAUUCAUGUAGUCGUUAUGUGAGCGUACCGGAGGCGCAGUCUUUGUCCUCUAGCUUGCCCUCAACUGAGUUUUGCUCAGAGGAAUAUUUUGACAACAAGACAGAGAGAUGCGGCACAGAUUUUAAAUUUCGCGAUGAAGAGAAAACCAUUUCCACAGAGUUCAACAUAUUUUGCCAAGACGAGUGGAUGCUCUCCCUGGUGGGCACCAUAAAUAAUGUGGGCCAGUUUGUGGGCAUACCUCUGGGUGGCUAUUUCGCAGAUCGCUAUGGUCGUCGCACAAUGCUGGCCAUUGCUGGAAGUCUGAGCGCUCUAAUGGGCAUCAUACGUUCAUUAUCUACGAACUAUGCCAUGUUUCUGUGCUUCGAGUUCCUGGACAUGGCUGUGGGCAGCACGCUGUUCCCCACAGCCUUUUUGCUGGCCAUCGAACUGGUCGGCCCGAAGCGCCGUGUCGCCGCAGCAACGAUCAUCACAAUUUUCUACUCCAUCGGCGAGGCGAUGCUGGGCGUCUUGGCGGCCUACGUGCAGGAUUGGCGCUGGCUGCUGCGAGUGCUCUAUGCGCCAGCCAUCUUGCAUGUGCUGCUGCUCUGGAUUCUGCCGGAGAGCGUGCGCUGGCUGCUCUGCCAGGGCGAGGAGAAGCGCGCUGCGGCAGUGCUGAGGCGUGCGGCCGAUAUCAAUAAACGGCCGCUGCCCGAGGCUCAGGUGGAAGAGCUGCUCAACAACAAUCGGCAAAAGCUGCAGCAGGCCAACGAGAGCCAAUAUCCCAUCAGCCAGGCAGCUCGCCUCUUCGCCUGGCGCAUUGCCAACUGCUGCUUCUGCUGGUUCACCCACACGCUGAUUGCGCUCGGACUGAGCCUGAACUCGGUGAAUUUGGGCGGCAACAAGUACAAUAACUUCAUGUUCAAUGGCUUCGUGCAGAUUCCCGGCCUGAUUCUGCCUCUGGUCAUCAUGGACCGCAUUGGCCGAAGGUAUUCCUUGUGCGUCUCCAUGCUGAUCUGCGCCAUCUGCAUGGCAUCCUCCGCUGCAGUCGGACCGGAUGACUAUGCGGGCUCCUUGACGCUGUUCCUCAUCGGAAAGCUGGCGAUUACGUGCAGCUUUCAGAUCUUAUACUUCUUUACCUCGGAAAUCUUUCCCACAAAUGUGCGCAAUAGCCUGCUCUCGUUCUGCUCAAUGAUUGGACGUAUUGGCUCUAUGCUGGCGCCGCAAACUCCUCUGCUGGCCAAAUACUAUAAGCAUGCGCCGUCUAUACUCUUUGCCACCUUCGCCUUGGUCAGCGGCUUUCUGACACUUGGCUUUCCCGAGACGGCCGACAAAGUGCUGCCCACCACAAUGGAGGAUGCGCGAGACUUGGAUGCACCGCGUCAGCACUCGGAUUUACCGGAUGACAGUGAGGAGCAGGUGGCGCCCAGUAAAAUGUGUUAAUC